AUGCUCCAACGAGCAGCCCUCAGGGCCAUCCGACCCUCCUCCACCACCACCACCACCACCACCACCACACCCCUUCACAUCACCCGUACAGCAUUAACAGCCAGUGCAACCCGAAUACGCGCCUACGCCGACCGACCACGAAGACCGCCGCCACCUCCACCAGCAUCAUCACGACCCGGAGCCCGCCCUCCUCCUCCAUCACGACCAGCUCCUCCCAGCGCAACCGCUCGAGCACGACAAACAAGUCCUGGCACAACACUUCCUAAAGAUCAGACAUGGAAACCCGCAGAUGGGAUCAAGAUGGGCGGAGCAGCAAUGCCAAGCGCAGCCAACGCGGCGAAUAGAGCAGAAGAUGCGAGGCGCGCGAAGACCUCAGUUAAUGGCACACGACCAGCGCUUGAUGCUACCAUCCGUCAAGCACCCCUCGAGCCUGACCCUACACCCAUCGAGCCACAAGCACAACGACUAGACGCCGACGAGCCAGCGACGGGAAGCCUAAGAGGUCGCGUACAAGAUGCGCAAGCCCAAGCCGAAAACACCCCUCCACCACCCGAAGCCUCCGCCCCCACUGAACCAGAACCCUUCGCGACAGGACCUCUACCAGAUCUACGACAAGGCAUCCCCAGCACCUUCGACAUCGAAUUUGGUCAGAAGACUCAGGACCAAACAAGGGAAGAACGACCCAGCAAACAAACCGACGGCAUGGACCCAAGCUCCACCACCCCCAAGGACCGCAGACAAGACGGUGAAUCCAACCGCUCCUACGACCGCUCCGCCUACGAAACCUCCCUCGAUCGCCGCCGCGCUCAAAUGGCCAAUUGGUUGUAUGCGGGCAUCCUCGCCAGCAUAGUAACCGGAACAUUCUACCUCGCCCGCCCCUUCAACGCGCGAGAAGAAGUCCCCACCGGCCUGCCACCAGAUGAGAUAACUGGCUGGGCUCCAGGCAAAAUGUAUGCGCGUCUGCGAGCACGAAUGGGAAGUCAGAUGGGCUAUUACACCGAACCGACCUUCCCGAAACUCCUCCCCGAAAUCCCGGAGGCGCAGCGGCAACCCUACACCCUUGUUUUGAGUCUGGAGGAUUUGUUGAUCCACAACACCUGGGAUCGGGAACAUGGAUACCGGACUGCGAAACGGCCGGGAAUCGAUUACUUCAUCCUUUACUUGUCGCAAUACUACGAGCUCGUGCUCUUCACUUCCGCCCCGAUCAGUAUCGCCGACCCGAUUAUCAAGAAAUUGGAUCCCUUCCACUUCAUCAUGUGGCCUUUGGGUAGGGAAGCGACGAAAUACGAGAAUGGCCAGUACAUCAAAGACCUCUCCUACCUCAAUCGUCCGCUCAGCAAGACAUUGAUCCUCGAUACGGUAAAAGGCCACGUGGCCAACCAACCCGAAAACGCCAUCAUCCUCCCGAAAUGGACGGGCGAUAAAGGUGAUCCUCGAGCCGGGGAUUUGGUGAGAUUGAUCCCCUUCCUGGAGAAUCUCGCGGCCAUGGGAACCGAAGAUGUCAGACCAGUCUUGAAAUCCUUCGAAGGCAAAGAAAUCCACCAGGAAUUCGCGGCGCGAGAGGCCGAAGCCCGCCGCCUCUUCAACGCGCAAUACGCCUCGGAACAAUCCCGGCGGCCGAAACUCUCCCUCGGCAGCCUCGCGGGCGCUCUAGGCGUCAAAUCCACCCCUGGAAUGGGCGGCGGGAUGGUUCUUGCGGACGGGCAGACAGUAAGCGAGGGUUUCGCCAAAGGGAAAAUGUUAUCCGAUCAGAUUCGGGAGCAGGGGCAGAGGCAGUAUGAGGCGAUUGAGACGCAGAUUAGGGAACAUGGGGCGGAAUGGUUGAAGGAAGAAGAGGAGGAGAUUAGACGGCAGAUGGAGAGUGGGAUGCGGGAUAUGAAGCAAGGGGCGCUUGGGUGGUUUGGUGGUGGUGCUGGGAAGGGGGAGGGAGGGAAGUAG